GAUAACGUAUCUAAUCUGCCCCUCUUUUUCUUAUUGGUCCAAGAAUGUCCGGAUCCAACCAUUUUCCCAACACACUCAGCAUCCCUUACAAAAGUGUAACAGCACUGUCCAAAUCCGGACAAACCUCUCUCCUUUUAUUCUCCGUUACUAUACUAUUUGUAACCCAAAAACAAUGAAAAAACAAAAUAAAAACAAAGACUGGAAAUUCUGGAAUAUUGGAGGAGAGUUGAGUGGAUCAGAUUGAGUGGCCAUUGUUACUUUCUCCAUUGAUGUUGACUCCAUCUUCAAUUAAUUCAUUCUAAAAUCGUAACUCUCCCAUUGCCAAGUAGCCAACAAAAAGGUGAAUGCCUUUUCUAUUAUCACUAUCUUCAUUCCUUGCUUUUCUUCACUGACAAAAAGCCAAGCCAGCUAGAAUCGAUUUCAGACUGCCUAGACGGAGCUUUUUCUUAUACAUAUUCUGUAUUUCUAACUACUAACUAAAACCUACUUUGUUUUAAGACGUUUUCAAUUGUUUUCCAUUUGUGGCCGCUUUCCUUUUUACCUUCAUACAACAUAAACUUUUUUUCUUUUACAAAUUAAAAGGACAGCUCAAGCUCAACCGGUUUCAACAUGCCUGCAAAGUUGCUAUGGCUUGUACCUUCCCAAUCAGACUUGGGUUUCAUUCAUUUAUCCCAUGAUGGAAACCGGUCCUUAGCUUCGUCCAGAUUUGUAUCCCCACAUAUGAAUUCGUUGUUCCGGUACACAGCAAACAAGGAUAAAAAACAGAAAUGGAAUCCAAAUUUUUAUUCUUUCAGGACAGAUCAGAGGUAUCCAUGCAUAGGUAGUUCUGGUUCAGAAAGCUUAAGCAGCAAGGUCCUUCUAGUAUCAAGCAUGGCAGCUACUAGCUCAGCAACGGCAGGAGAAAUGGCUGUCUCCUCAGAGGAGAAGGUUUACAACGUGGUCUUGAAGCAGGCAGCUCUGGUUAAAAGGCAGUUGAGACGUAGUAGUGGGGAUCUUGAUCUUGAUGUUAAACCAGAUAUUAUUUUGCCUGGUACUUUGAACUUGUUGAGUGAAGCUUAUGACCGUUGUGGAGAAGUUUGUGCCGAGUAUGCAAAGACAUUCUAUUUGGGAACUUUGCUGAUGACCCCUGAGAGGCGGAGGGCUAUUUGGGCAAUCUAUGUGUGGUGUAGGAGAACAGAUGAACUUGUUGAUGGACCAAAUGCACCGCAUAUAACUCCAACUGCUUUAGAUAAGUGGGAAGCAAGGUUGGAAGAUCUAUUCAGAGGUCGUCCCUUUGAUAUGCUUGAUGCUGCUUUAUCAGACACAGUUAAUAAAUUUCCCGUUGAUAUUCAGCCUUUCAGAGAUAUGAUCGAAGGAAUGAGGAUGGACCUUAGGAAGUCAAGAUACAAAAACUUCGAUGAACUAUAUCUCUAUUGUUAUUAUGUUGCUGGCACUGUAGGGUUGAUGAGUGUUCCUAUCAUGGGCAUUGCACCUGAAUCUCUAGCUACUACGGAGGGUGUCUAUAAUGCUGCAUUGGCAUUAGGGAUUGCAAAUCAACUUACUAACAUACUUAGGGAUGUUGGUGAGGAUGCACAAAGGGGAAGGAUUUAUCUACCGCAGGAUGAAUUAGCUCAGGCUGGACUAUCAGAUGAGGACAUUUUCGCUGGAAAGGUUACAGAUAAGUGGAGAAACUUCACGAAGGAACAAAUAAAGAGGGCAAGGAUGUUCUUUGAUGAAGCAGAAAAAGGAGUGACAGAACUGACUGCAUCUAGUAGAUGGCCGGUUUGGGCAUCAUUGCUGCUUUAUCGGCAAAUACUAGAUGAGAUAGAGGCCAAUGAUUAUAACAACUUCACAAAGAGAGCUUAUGUAAGCAAAGCCAAGAAAUUAGUUGCUCUGCCAGUUGCAUAUGCAAGAUCCCUCAACAACUUCUCUUCCCUGCGUAAGGCACAGACUUAGUAUGUAUGUAAAACGAUGAAAGCAAUGUAAAUAGUAAAAAGGAAAAAGAAAAGAAAACCAUGCUUUUACAUUUGAAAUUACCAUGAUGCAGCAGCAAGUAUUAAUCAAAAGGAGAUCAGCAAGCAGUUUCUUACUUGCAUUGUCAAUUCAAGUCUCUCGACUGUAAAUAAAUUUAAAAAUGGACAAAACAUUUGUUGAAGUUAGACCUCUUCAAGACCCACCAGCGGAUGUGGCUUGACUCGAGCUUGAGUUUGAAGAUCAUUUUCAAGAGGCUCACAA